UCUAUAUGACCUCAACUUGGAGAAAAAUGAGGAACAACGCAGAGCUGUCUAUCAGGUGGUGGCAGGCACCUCCAGACCAGCCCCUUACCUCAUAUUUGGACCUCCAGGUACUGGCAAGACAGUCACUAUGGUAGAGGCCAUCAAACAGGUACUGCGCUGCAUUGAAGGUUCCCAUGUACUUGCCUGUGCCCCUUCCAAUAGUGCCUCUGACUUGCUGUGCCAACAUCUCGUGAAACAUGUGGAAAAAAGGAACAUCUAUAGGAUAAAUGCUUACAGCAGGGAUUAUCGCCUGAUACCUGAAGAUAUCAAGCCUUAUUGUAACUGGGAUAAUGAGGAGAAAUGCCCUGUCUUUCUCAGCAAGGAGACACUGAAAAGCUACCGGGUCAUCGUCACUACCCUGAUAACAGCAGGAAGAUUAGUUUCUGCUGACUUCCCUCGGGGGCAUUUUUCUCAUGUCUUCAUUGAUGAGAGUGGCCAUGCUGUGGAGCCAGAGAGCCUGGUUGCCAUUGCAGGUCUCCUAGCCAUGAUGGACCCAAAGACAAAUCCCAAAGGAGGACAGCUUGUUUUGGCAGGGGACCCUCAGCAACUGGGACCCAUCCUGAGGUCUCCUCUGGCUAUUGACCAUGGCUUAGAACUUUCCCUGUUGGAGCGACUGAUGAAUCACAAUCCGCUGUAUCAAAAGAAGGAUGGGAGUUACAACCCACAGUUUGUGACUAAACUGCUGCAAAACUACAGGUCUCAUGCUGCGAUCUUGAAGUUUCCCAAUGAGAAGUUCUACGAGGGGGAGCUGCAGGUCCAUGCCAACCCUGCCAUCACACAUUCCUACUGCUCCUGGAGUGAACUGGCGAAGCAGGGGUUUCCCAUAAUCUUUCAUGGAGUCUGUGGAAAAGACGAGCGGGAAGAAAAGAGCCCUUCGUUUUUCAACACAACUGAGAUUGAUGUGGUGAUAGACUAUCUCAGAAAACUGCUUCUGGAGCAGCAGGGCAAAAAAGGCUUGUCCCGCAUAUCACCCAAAGAGAUUGGCAUCAUCUCGCCAUACAGAAAGCAGGUGGAAAAAAUAAGAAAAGCCAUUGAUAUAUCAAAGUUAAAGGCCAUGUCAGAUAUCAAGGAUCUAAAGGUGGGCUCUGUGGAGGAGUUCCAGGGCCAGGAGCGGCGUGUUUUGCUCAUUUCCACAGUGCGCAGCCGAAGUGAAUACUUUCAAAUGGAUAAAGAUUUCAACCUAGGAUUCUUGAGGAAUCCCAAGCGCUUCAAUGUGGCUGUGACAAGAUCCAAAGCACUCUUAAUUGUCAUAGGCAAUCCAGCUACUCUCAAGCAGGAUCCGAUCUGGGGCGAGUUUCUCAAGUACUGCAGGGAUAAUGGUGCAUACCGAGGAUACCCAUAUGAGGGAGAAGAGAAUGAGGAGGAUGAAAUUCUGGCAGCAGAGCUUAAUUCCCUCGACCUGAACAGGCAGCCGGCAGGCCAUAACUUAGCUGAGAGUCACAUUCAACAACAAGUAGAGCCCGAAUGGAGACGUGAGCACUGAGCUCUGUGCAGCACUGCUGCCCUCUGCAUUCCCAAAUAUCUCACAUCUCUUUCUGCUGCUCAGAUUGCAAUGCAGGUGGCAGUCCAGUUCAAGAAAUCAUGUUUGAACAUUUCACCUCCCGUCUCUCAGGGGCUGAAGCAGGAAUCCUGCACACCGAUCCCAAAUUUCCAAGAUGAACAUCCUAAUUAUGCAAUGGGAAUACUUUGUGUAGUUAUCAUUGUUAAUUCAGUGUAAAUCUCUUUUUCUUCAGCUUAGAGAGGGACUCCUCUGGACUUCCUCUCCGAUUUUCUAAGUGUUUCAGAAGUGCUGGAUUGUCAGGGCAAUAGAAAUUACAAAGUGGACUGAGGAGUGGUGCUGACUUAGGGCAGGGACUCCACUUCCCCAUCCUUCAUUAAUUUCUCAUACUGUGGCUGAAAUGAUGCAUAUGCUUUUUUCACUGGAUU